GGAUGUCUGAUAAUAUUCACAACAAUUCUGACCACUCUACUGAUUUUUAUCCCAAAGGCCAUUAUCAUAGCAAAAGGAGGUGAUCCACUUUCCAUUAAGUUAUUUUCUCCAAUCGGCGCGGCGUUUGGUUUCCUGGAGACAGUCGCUGGUGAAGGCCAAAUGCCAGGGUUGGGUGCUGCCAAGUCGCUCAACAUGCCUGGAGUUGCUCUUGCUGCCGGAAAGAUUGGACGAAGUAACCAAGGGUCUGAUCUGUCUAAUGCCUUCCAUCAGCAUGGCAAAAUAGGUCCUGUAAAUGAACAAAGUGAACACAAAUCUUCUUUGUAUAAGGCGUACAGGUGGGUACCAUCACCAUAGCAAGACAGGAUGUGUUAAUAUCGGUGAUACGAACGGGAUCGAUGGCCACUAUGAUUCAAGACAUUCAAGGAAAGCAUGUGAUCAAUAGAUCAGAUUUCAAACCUACAACAGGUUUGAAAGGACUUAACUGUUUUGCAAACUGGUCGCAUGUUUAUGUUUUAAUUGUAAGUAAAAGGACAUAAUCUAACACUAAUGUAAUAUAAUAAAAUACUCGUACUCGUCAUACUCGUACUUGUCAUACUCGUACUCAGAACAAGCUGGAAAAUAACAGCACAAUUGCUUGUUUUUUAUACAGUUAUUAUGAUAACCAGCUUUUUAUCGCACUCUAGGGUGCUAUAUUUUGAUCAAUUUGCCGGGCGGGUGGGGGGGGAGGGCGAUCGGAUGGACGGACAUACUAAUG